ACAUCCCUAACAAUUAAUCCUCCAAUCAAAUAAUUCUAAUUAUGACACAUGCUUCAAUAAGGAUAAGAAAAGUGAAGCAAUUGAAUCAUCUUUGAGUAGAAUAUGGAGAUAACAAACAUGUCCCAAGCUCUUCAACUUCACGCUCAAUUCAUAAAAUCACAAAACCAACGAAACUUCUCAAAGCUCUUCACUUUCGCUGCUCAAUCUCCUUCCGGCGACCUCAACUACGCUCGUCUUCUUCUCAACACCAACCCAUCUCUCAACUCUUACUACUACAACACCAUCAUUCGUGCUUAUUCUCAUACUUCCAACCCUACCCAUCAUUUUCAAGCACUUUCUCUCUUCAUUUUCAUGCUUCAACCACAUACCAAUGUACCCAAACCUGAUACCUUUACUUAUUCCUUUGCUUUGAAGUCUUGUGGACGUUUGAAACUUACCCAACAAGCAAAACAGCUUCAUGGCUUCAUAAAUAAGAUGGGUUUUGGUUUCGAUUUAUAUAUUCAAAACGCCCUUAUUCAUAUGUACUCUGAAAUUGGUGAAUUGGUUAUUGCACGUCAGGUGUUUGAUAGAAUGUCUCAUAGAGAUGUCGUUUCUUGGACGUCUAUGAUUGCUGGUUUUGUUAAUCAUCAUCUAACUGUUGAGGCAAUUCAGUUGUUUCAGAGAAUGUUGGAAGUUGGAGUGGAUGUCAAUGAGGCUACGGUCAUUUCUGUUUUGAGAGGUUGUGCGGAUUCGGGGGCGUUGAGUGUGGGGAGGAAAGUGCAUGGGAUUGUGAAGGAGAAGGGGAUUGAUUUUAAAGCUAAUGUUUGUACUGCGCUUAUUCAUAUGUAUUCAAAAUGUGGGUGUUUAGAGAGUGCAAGGGAGGUGUUUGAUGAUGUUUUGGAUAGAGAUGUUUUUGUUUGGACUGCGAUGAUUUAUGGCCUUGCUUGUCACGGGAUGUGUAAAGAAGCUAUUGAGUUGUUUCUUGAAAUGGAAACUUGUAAUGUAAAACCCGAUGAGAGGACAAUUAUGGUGGUUUUAUCGGCGUAUAGGAAUGCAGGCUUGGUUCGUGAAGGUUACAUGUUUUUCAAUGAUGUCCAAAAGCGUUACAGUAUGAAACCCAAUAUUAAACAUUUUGGUUGCAUGGUGGACCUCCUUGCAAAAGGGGGGUGUUUGGAGGAAGCUGAAGAUUUCAUUAAUGCAAUGCCAAUGAAACCUGAUGCAGUCAUUUGGAGGACCCUGAUAUGGGCCUGCAAAGUUCAUGCCGAUACAGAAAGAGCCGAGCGUUUGAUGAAACACCUUGAGCUGCAAGGUAUGAGUGCACAUGACAGUGGAAGUUAUAUACUUGCUAGUAAUGUUUAUGCGUCGACGGGGAAGUGGUGUGAUAAGGCAGAGGUGAGGGAACUGAUGAAUAAAAAGGGACUUGUAAAACCACCGGGGUCUAGUAGGAUUGAAGUUGAUGGUGUUGUACAUGAAUUUGUGAUGGGAGAUUAUGAUCACCCUGACACAGAGAAAAUCUUUAUCAAAUUGGAUCAGAUGGUAGAUAAACUGAGAAAAGAAGGGUAUAAUCCAAAAGUAUCAGAGGUAAUGCUCGAGAUGGACGAUGAGGAGAAGGCCAUUCAGUUGCUUCACCAUAGUGAGAAGCUAGCUCUUGCCUAUGGAUUGAUCAGGACAUGUCCUGGGUCAAAAAUCAGGAUUGUGAAGAACCUAAGGUCUUGUGAGGAUUGUCACGAGUUCAUGAAACUAAUCUCAAAGGUAUACCAAAGAGACAUUAUAGUGAGAGACAGAAUUCGUUUCCAUCAUUUCAAAAAUGGAGAUUGCUCUUGUAAGGAUUAUUGGUAGCAUGGAAUUGUGCUUGGAUUGAAUGUUGUAACGUGUAAAAGGAACAAAUUGCAAAUGCCAAGGAAUUUUUCCUUCUUGCAUGGACAUGAUUUCAGAUUAAAAAUCAUAAGUGGUGGCCCUUUUCUGAUAAAUAUCAAUAAAUGGGAUACACUUCCAUCUGUAAAGCUGCAAAUGUGCAUAUUCAGAGUACUGCUACAUUAUUCAAUUUCUAUUUGGCUAAGAUUUGGUCAUAUUAGGACACCUUGAGAGGGAGAACCACAUUCAUUCUUUGGUCAGGUACUGUUCGCUAUUUGCAGGUACGUUGCAAGGACAUAUACUUGUUUUUCGUUGUGAAGUACUCGCCAUCAUGUAUGUUAUCACAUUCCAUUCUUUAGUUAUAGCUACUUGAUAAUGGAUUAAGUUGUGCCUUUCAAUUUACAUUUUUAUUAGAUUACUUGGUGACAGGUCAUUAAGAACUUCUACUAUCAUAUUAGUAUAUUACUAUUAUGAAAGUUCGAUUUUUGUAAUGACUUGCAGACACAGAAUCAGAUAAUAAUGUCAAAAAAUUUACAUUUAGAAUGAACUGAAAUUAUACCUUUUUUUU